AUGACAAAAUUGGUAGUAUAUCUUGCUUUUAUUAUCUUUUGUAAUCGGCAACAAAAUCAGCAAGGAAUGGGAGCAGUAGUAGCACCAAUUUCAAUCGCUGAUGUUAUCACAGGUUAUAAAGCUGAAAUAUUGUGGGAUGAUGACUUACUAAUAGCGACAACACAAGUGGAAGAAUCAACAAUGAUGAAUUGUGACACAAUGGAAGAUGGAAGAUUAUUCGUUUUGGAAGAAAAACCGUUGUUAUUGAUGACGCUAACCUGA